AUGGCGACGCGGGCGUCCCUGCGAUCUCGCCAUCGCGUCGUCGAGCGCGAAGACAGAUCACAACCUAUGCACGCGUCGCAGUUUCGAUCCCCGGACGCGAUCGAGGGCGAAGUGGAGAAUUCGGAGAGCGAAGACGUCGAGGAAGACGAGGAGGCGCAGAGUUUAGGAAACGGUUUCGUGAGCUCCUCGAGCUUCAAUUCGACGCUUUCGAGACGGCGCAGGACCUGGAACGCGCUGCCGAUGAAGACGAAAGUGCUAGGUCCGGGGUUGUUGGUCGUGGGGGCGUGUAUGCUGUUCACUCGGAUGGCGUUCGCGCUCGGCGCGAUUGAUUUGCCGAGAGACGCAGAGCGCGGAACGUCGACAGCGCUGACGGUGGUGGGGUCGAUGUGCGCGCUCGCGGGGGGGUACUCGACCUUGGUGAUGAUGAUGGUGUGGCGAGGCGAACCUGGGUGGUCGUAUUCGAUGAUUCCUGGGUAUGAUGAACCGUUUUACGAGACGUGA